CUUUAUUUAUUUAUUUUUCACCAUUUUAUCAUCCUCCUCCUCCUCCCCUUCCUCCAACAUAUAUAUAUAUACAUAACCCCACCAUAUAUAUCUAUAUACCUCCAAGAAGCUUAGCUACUACCACUACACAUAAUCUUUGAUCUCCCUCUUACAACCUUAAAACUAACUAACCUCUAUUACAUAUAUAUAUAUAUAUAUACACAGAUACAUCUUAUCUUAUCUUAUCUGAUCUUAUCUUAGAUAAAUAUAUAAAUAUAGAUAUAGAUAUGGCCGGCGUGUGGAUGUUCAACAACGGCGUGGUCCGGUUGGUGGAGGGAGAGUGCCCCCGGCGGCGGAAGGUCCUAAUCCACGUGGCGUCGGGGGAGGUUAUUACAUCAUACUCGGUUUUGGAGAGAAUCUUGUUGUCCCUUGGAUGGGAAAGGUACUAUAAUGUCGACUACGAUGAUCAUGAUCAUGACCCUAACCUCAUCCAAUUCCACAAGGCCUCCACCAUUCACCUCAUCUCCCUCCCUAGGGACUUCAACAAGUUCAAGUCCAUUCAUAUGUACGAUAUCGUCGUCAAGAAUCGCAACGAGUUCGAAGUUAGAGACAUCUAAUUAAUUAAUUUGAUAUAACAAAAAUAAUUAACUAUUAUAUAAUUUGAGUUUAUGUAUGCAGUUGCUUUUGACUUGUUUUGGUGAAUAAAUUAAGUGUAUAUAGAGAUGGAAGUAAGGGUAAGGUUGCAAUGAUCAUAAUAUAAAUGUAUAUAUACUCCGUUUAUCAAAAUUUAUUUUCGCUUUUUUUUUUUUUUUUUUUUAACUGUCAUGAAAUAAUAUAUAUAUAUAUUUUCUUUUUAGUAAAGAAAAUGGAGUAUAUUUUUUCUUAUUUUUUAAGAUAAUCAUUAAUUAUUCUCGUUAGAACAUGUGUCAUAUAUUUGAUCGAGCACAACAUUAUUAUAUGACGGGGUGUAUUAUUUUUUUUA